UCAUCAAUUGCACCAACAGGUGAGUCAUCAGGACACGGAGGGCUCUAGGACCAAGAUUACUGCGUUUACGGAAUAAGGGGUUUCCCAUUCAGAGUGAGGCAUCCAGUCAGACGUGCGGAACAAAACGUGAUUCUAUAGCAUAAAAUUGUAGAUUCAAGACGGAGAUCGACUGCAUUUCGGAGCGCCAGGCCAUAAUUAAGAAUUAGGCGAGCCUGAGAGGAGAAAAUCAUGGGAGGAGUGGCAGUUGACGAUGGCCCCACUGGGGUGAAGGCUCCAGACGGGGGCUGGGGGUGGGCGGUCCUGUUCGGCUGCUUCGUCAUUACCGGCUUUUCCUACGCCUUUCCCAAAGCUGUCAGCGUCUUCUUCAAAGAGCUGAUCCGGGAGUUUGGUGUGGGCUACAGUGACACGGCCUGGAUCUCUUCUAUCCUGCUGGCCAUGCUAUACGGCACAGGACCUAUCUGCAGUGUGUUGGUGAAUCGGUUUGGGUGCCGCCCUGUGAUGAUGGUGGGGGGUCUCUUUGCCUCCCUGGGUAUGAUACUGGCAUCCUAUUCAACCAGCAUCAUUCAUAUAUACCUGACCACAGGUGUCAUAACAGGUUUAGGACUGGCCUUGAACUUCCAGCCUUCCCUCAUCAUGCUAAACAGGUACUUCAGUGAAAAACGCCCACUGGCGAAUGGCCUGGCUGCUGCAGGGAGUCCGGUUGCCCUGUGCUGCCUCUCGCCUCUGGGGCAGGUCCUGCAGCACGCGUAUGGCUGGCGGGGGGGCUUUCUCAUCCUGGGGGGGAUAUUGCUCAACUGCUGUGUCUGUGGAGCCCUCAUGAGGCCACUGGUUGCUCCCAAAAAAGUGGAGGAACCAGAGAGCCAGGUCAUGGUCACAGAGGAGAAGAAGAAGCCCAAGGCCAAGCUCCUGGACUUCAGCGUGUUCAAGGAUAGGGGCUUUGUCAUCUACACUCUUGCAGCCUCCAUCAUGGUGCUGGGCCUGUUUGUGCCACCUGUAUUUGUGGUGAGCUACGCCAAGGAGCUGGGCAAUGAAGAUACCAAGUCAGCCCUGCUGCUGACCAUCCUGGGUUUCGUCGACAUGUUCGCCCGGCCCAUCUGCGGUGUCAUCGCCGGGCUGAACUGGAUGCGCCCACGCUGCGUCUACUUCUUCAGCUUCGCCAUGAUCUUCAAUGGUACGGCAGACAUAGUGGGGUCCUUCGCCAAGGACUACAAUUCCCUGGUGGCAUUCUGCAUUUUCUUUGGCAUCUCCUAUGGCAUGGUUGGUGCUCUCCAGUUUGAGGUGCUGAUGGCCAUCGUGGGCACACAGAAGUUCUCCAGCGCCAUUGGCCUGGUGCUGCUGAUGGAGGCCAUCGCUGUGCUGGUGGGGCCACCCUCUGCAGGGAGAUUGCUAGAUGCCACCAAGAUCUAUAUGUAUGUGUUCUUAUUGGCUGGGUGCGAGGUGUGCCUCUCGGCCAUUGUGCUGGCUUCCGGAAAUUUCUUCUGCCUCAAGAAGAAGCCCCAGGAGCCGGAGGUAGGAGAGAUGGAGCUGCUCAACAAGCCCCCCGCAGAGAACGGCAAGGCUGGCGAGGACAUGGAGAAAGGGCAGAAGGAGGAGGCCGACAAAGAGACUGAGAAGGAGCCGGAAGAAAAGGAACCAGAAGUGAAGCAGCCUGAGAACGCAAAGGUGGACUCUGCAGAGGUGGAGACCUUUCUGAAAGACAGCAAGGAGGAGAAUGGAGAGGUGGCCACCAACCCAGAGACGUGUCUGUGAGAGCCCUCAUCACAGGAGAGACUGUGACAGUGGGAGCAAAGCAUAACAUUUCAGACCUGAACAUGAAGUGGAUGGGAAGCCCCUAAAGGUUAGGCAAAUAGAUGCUUUACAAUCUGCUGUAUUUAUUUUAGGUGUUACAUAGUUGUAUGCUUUUGUGUGCUCUUUGGAGCUGCUUCAUAUGAGAGAACAGACACGCUUAAAGCACAUGCUGAAAAGGAGGCACCUCACAACUGCACUGAAACGGCACUGUUACAAAAGCAAAAAUGUCUCCACACAUAAAACAACCACCAAGUACACUUGCCUCUCGCUGUAUCAUCUAAUGAAUGUGCUGAGGAACAGUAGCAUUCUGUAUAGAUGCUCAGGCUUUGGAUGAACCCGCAACACUUGAGCACUUAGUUUUUUUUAUUUCUUUCAGGGGUACUCUUCCUGAAUCUAUUAUACCAUGGAGCAUUCUAAUAGAGUGGAAUGGGAGUUGUGGUCAAAGUGUAGGAACACGUAGUAAAGCAUAGCUGGACACUUUUUGACUCACUAUAACAUACACUUCUCAGUUCAUUGGAAAAUGCUUUUUAACAUCACUUAUUGUGUGUAUGCAUUUUAGAAUGAAUUGAGCCAGAAUAAUCUGUGGAUGGGAACUCAGAACCGUGACUGCUUCUCUUGCACAUGCGAGCAAGAUUAUUACUGUUUGUACCCGGAAGAUAAAUGUCGGCUUAUCUGCAUAUUUGUGCUACACAGAAAAAGAGAUUUAUUGUGCAAUUUAUUGUGACUUGAGCAUAGUGCAGGGAUUUCUGUUACAUUGCACAGGUGAUAAAAGAGGUGUGAUUACUUGGGAAUAUGAAUGAGGUUCUGAAUGUGAUGUUAUGCAAUGGCUUUUUAUUUCAUGAAAUGAAUCUCUGACAUGAGAAUCAAAGGACAAAGGUCAAUAUGACAGUUCAAAAUGAAUAAAUACUUUAGGGCAGUACAUUCAUCGUUUGUUGAAGUCAAGGCAGCAAGUGGAUUUUCAUUUAUUAUUUGUCGUUGCUUUUGGGGUCAUCUUCUAAGGUUUCCUCCUACCUCUUCACUGUUGUGUGCAUUAUUGUGUGUAAAGCAGCAGUCAGGCAGCUGAAAUGGCAAUCUCUCACAAGACCUGAGAAUUGUGUCUAAAAUCUAAUGUAAAUUUGGACAGACCCUUUUGUGUUUUUUAUUUUGUCAUGAGAGUGCUCUGACAUUUUCAAACAGAAAUUGAAAUCGGUGAGCCUGCAUUUCACAGUUUACAUGCAUGAAGAAGGAGACUGGGCAGCAUGUAGAAUUUGUUUCACCUUAAUACAAAUUGCUCCAAAUGCAGUUUUAGCAGUGAUGGGUGUAUGGUUGGUGCAGUCCGGUUAAUUUCGAAUUGACUGGGAGUAAUCCAUACCACAUUCAGAUCCCCUUGUAUCCAAACAAAAAAGCUACACAGCACCUACUUAACUGAACACAAAUAUUCAAAACUCAUUAAUUGGACCAAAUCCCAGAUGCCUUCAACACUGCUAAUUGUAUCAUUCAUUGCUGCUUUGGGGGACUGAGUGACAUCCCCGCUUAGUGUUUCCAUUUUAGAUGCUGACCUCCAGCAAAGGAAAACACUUUUUCCCUUGCAUUCUUGGUAGUGCCUUAACUCUGUAAUAAUACAUGGAGCACGCCAUGCUGAGGGACACUGAGUAAAGAUUAAAACUGAUGAGCUUCAUGAAUGUCCCUUGCAUUUUAUGAAUACAGUAGAUUGCACAGCUCCAUUUUGAUCACUCAUUUAGUACAACAAGGGCAGCCCAUCUCCUUUCUCAUCCAUUCCUUGUGUCUGGGUUUUUAAAGAAAGCCACCACGUUGGUCACAUAGUAAUAUCUCUUACCACAGCUUUGCUGUAAUCAAGACAGUUCAAAGGGACCAUGGGCACCCAUGUCCUUUAUGACCAUUGGGCAACUAUUCAUGUUUUCUUCAUUCACUUUCAUUUUCUUUCAUGAAUCACGAAUAUUUGUUUAUUCGUUUUCAGUUUUGAGCUAUUUUAAUGCACAAGUGUGUGUUUAUUUGUAUGAUGUAUGUCUAUCUUUCUGUUGCAUACAAAAACAUUUCCAGGCGCAAAUGCCAUCACACGGUCGUACCCCUCAUCCAUUCACAAACCAGCAAGCUCAAAAAUCAAAUCCAGUUUGUGUAAUAAACUGCCAUUUGCACUUGUGUACCUUUGAUAUUUCUUGAUAAAGGCUUAAUCUCCGUUCUAUACCAGCGUUAGUGCACAUUGUACUGUAUGUAUGUGUGAUUGUUGGUGUAAAAGAGAACAACCAGUGUCACUGUAUUGUAUCACUGUGUUAUACUAUGAUAUGUAUUAUUGUAAAAUCAUUUGUCUUGAAUUUGUGAAAGGGAAGGAGGGACGUCCUGAAAUGGUGAUAUCUUCUUGAGGUAUUUAGUUAAAAAUAAAUAACAUUUAGCGCCUUACUCCCAUAGACAUUUGUUAUGUCAUUACCAAGAAUUCCACAGCCUAGAGUUUGAUCUGACAUUUUAUUGGGACCAGCACUCAUGUACAGGCAAUCAGAGAGGCUGUAUACUCUAUCUCUGCCCUGUCCCCAAGUGCAUUUCAAAUGAAUCUAGUGCAAGACUGCCAUUUAGGGAUAUUGCUAUCUUUAGGAGCAAAUCAAGGUAGACACUGCAUGUGAAGGGAGACAUAACUAGUAUUGUUUCACCCUCACAAAUUUGUAAACAUAUAUACCAAUCAUAGUAAAAUAAGGGUUUACAAAUGUGUAUGUGCUUACUACUGCAAUACUUCAGUAUUUUACACACACUCACCAAAGCCCACAAGUUCAAAUUCAAGUACUGGGGAGAGCACUGGUAUUUGCUGCUAUAACUCCCUCUAAAUUAGCAAUAUUUAAGUAUGUAGUGCAAAAUUUAUAAUGAAGCCCCACUACAGUAUUCCGCUGUCAACAGCAUGAGUUGGACUCAUUUUCUAUCCUCACUUCCUCUGGUGUUAACACCCAGGACCUCCCUCCCUCUCAGUGUCCACACCCUCCUAGCUAUACAGGGGAGGAACUACUGAGUGUUGUGAAGCUUGUAUGAAUUUCUGUUCUUUAUUUAUUAUUAUUUUUUAAAUGAUUUUAUUUAAAGAAACUAAACCAGGGAGAUUUGUCAAGUGCUUUCCUGCGGCCAGGAACUCCCUGUCUGUCUACUCAAUUGUAAGAAGGCACUUUACAGUCACCACAUCAGUAGAAGAAAGUAUAUUUUUACCCGCUUUAAUUUGUUUCAAAUCUUCUCAAUAAAUUUAUUCUGUUGAA